AUGGCUGUAAUGCUGCUCUGCCUUCGACAGCUUGCUGCACCACUCUGUAGUUACUCUGUCACUAUACAUCUCUAUCUUUUUUGGUUAAACACUCCCUGAAGAUGAUAAAAGAUGAUGUGACAAUAUACAUACAUCCAUAUUAUACACAUCGAUAUAUGUGUGAGGAUUUCCCUUCAUUUUUAUUUUGUGGGCUGGGCAAAAUUUAGUGUAGCAUUAAA